UACUUUUGAAACGAGUGGCGGGGAGGCCUCCUCGGUCGCCGCCUGACUGGUGCAAGCGCGCGCCGUCGUCAGUGGGCCUGGCCAUGGCGCUGCAGCACACCCGGGAGCAAGGCAUCACCCUGCGCGGGAGCGCCGAAAUCGUGGCCGAGUUCUUCUCAUUUGGCAUCAACAGCAUUUUAUAUCAGCGAGGCAUAUAUCCUUCUGAAACCUUUACUCGAGUGCAGAAAUACGGACUCACCUUGCUUGUAACCACUGAUCCUGAGCUCAUAAAAUACCUAAAUAAUGUGGUGGAACAACUGAAAGAUUGGUUAUACAAGUGUUCAGUUCAGAAACUGGUAGUAGUCAUCUCAAAUAUUGAAAGUGGUGAGGUCCUGGAAAGAUGGCAAUUUGAUAUUGAGUGUGACAAGACUGCAAAAGAUGAUGGUGCUCCCAGAGAAAAGUCUCAGAAAGCUAUCCAAGAUGAAAUCCGUUCAGUAAUCAGACAGAUCACAGCUACAGUGACAUUUCUGCCACUCUUGGAAGUUUCUUGUUCAUUUGAUCUGCUGAUUUAUACAGACAAAGAUUUGGUUGUUCCUGAAAAAUGGGAAGAAUCUGGACCACAGUUCAUUACCAAUUCUGAGGAAGUCCGCCUUCGUUCAUUUACUACUACAAUCCACAAAGUAAAUAGCAUGGUGGCCUACAAAAUUCCUGUUAAUGACUGAGGAUAAGGACAAUAACAUAUUUGUAAUUCUCAACGAUAGGGUUUUCCUGAAACCAAGUCAACAGUAGUUGAUGUGUUUUAUUUCAUUGGUUAGUUUUUUGAUGGGAAAACUGAUUCUUUCCUGAACUGUGCGUAAUCUCCCAUUUUUUGGUACCUGUUAUCUGUAGGGUUGAUAUAAUGGAUUUAUUGCACGUUUCUCAAAAGGGAGAUUAUGUCAGCGUUGGGAUGUUGGUUCCCUUAAAGGUGGUAACUAUAAAUGUAAAAACGUUGGCCAUUAAGCUCAAUGCCAUCUUUAAUCAGACCCCUUGGUCAAGUAACUUGUCUUAGAACUUAGGUAGGGAAAUAUUUAAAUGUGUAAAAUACAGCAAAAGAAGUCUGAAUAUUCAGAAUAUUUGUUUAGACCCUGAAAGUAACUAAUGAUAAUCCAUAAGUAAUACAACCUUGAUCUUAUAGCUCCUUUAUGAUUUAUUUGCAUAGUUCCCAUAUUGAAAAAAAUUUAUAAUUAUUUUUAAUUUAUAUAAAUUGAACCUACAGAGCUAUGGGUUUUUCUACUGUUUAAAUUCCUGUGGUUUAGAACUUUUACAAUGUCUUUAUGUUUUAUAAAAUCAAGCUUUGAAUGAUUAAUAAAGCUAACUGUGUAUAGUUUAAGUAUGUCUUGAAAUAUUUUUAUACUGGUGUGGUGUUAAUACAAUUAAACCAUAGUUAGAAUGGAUUCGGUAUCACUAAUGAUUUCUUGUACCUUAAAAGUGGUAGGACCUAAGUUACUAAUCCUUAGGGACUUUGAAUUUAAUGGCUAGGUUUUGCUUUUACCCUCUUGAUAAUGGUAGACCUUAAAUGAGCAUUAUUAUUCGUAUACAGUGAUAAAUGUCUUUUGGAACUUGGGUUGGAAAAUGUUGGAUUGUAUAGUCUUUAUACUCUUAGCCUGUUGGUUUGGCUUUUUAUAUGUGUACCAUGCUUAGUCCUACGCCUAUACCUUCAUUAAUAGACUCAUUAGUUAUGUUCUUUCUGUUUUACCAAAGUCAGUUUAAAGGAAACUAAUAGCAACUGUUUUCUAAUCUCUAUCCUAAAUCUUACCAUUUUGUAAUAAUUCUGUUUAUUAAGAGACUAGAAUAAGAUGCCAUUUUCUUUAUAUAUGUUUUUUUGUCUAAUCUUCACCUCUAAGUAAAUAUGUAUAGUCUGUAUCCAUUUGUUCGAAAGUUGCUAUCUACCUGUUCUGCAUCUAUUAAUGUGCAGAAUAUUUUACUAAGUGCCAGGAUGGAUGGAGCAAAGUCCUGGCACUUGUGAAACUUGAGCUCUUAGGAAGCAGAGGAAAAUAUGUGGCAAAAGGCAUUGAUAUAACCAAACAGGUUGUCUUCAUUAUUUGUUUGUAUUAUUUUCCCUGGAUAACUUAAUUUCUUGAUCCAAUUAUGAGAUUAUAACAAUAAAGGGCAGUGUCUUACAUUCUUAUCCUUUUCAGUGCUGAACAAUUCUAUGCAGUGUGUCAUGGUGGGUAUAAUGAAUGCUGUUGUGGAUACCCUUUCCAUAAAGAGUUGUUGAAACGAAGUGAGGUCACCUACAAAUUUUUUCUGAAUAAAAAGAGCAGUAUGCAGAAAUGGGAAUAAUCUUGUAUUAGAUAUAUUAAAAAGAGUUUCUGCAUUUCCAAACAGCAUGAGAUCUGUUACAAAGUAGACACUAUAAAGAUUAAUGUAUUUGAAUUCUGCAGUACAUAACCUUUUAACAUAGGAAAUAUGACUUGAGAAGGAAAGCAGCAGAAAUGGAGCUGCAGUAAAAGUAUAGAGUUGACAAUUCUGGACCUAUUUUUAGGAAGCAUGUUUGAAAAUUUAUAGCAGCAGUGAUUGUUUCAGGAAAUUUUGAAUGCCUCUUUAAUAAACAGUGGGAAAAAUAAAAUGUGGUCGUUAUACCCUCCUCCCCCAAAACUCCCAACUUGCAAUAUUCUCAUAUAUUAUUGUUAAUACUUAAAUCUCUCAUCUAUGACUUUGUCAAAUUAAUCAUAAUAUUACUUUUAAUUGUGAUUGAUUUCUUAUGGUACUGACUUCUUUAAAUGUCCAAAACUCCUUUAUAUGUCCAAAAUAUCAAUUUCAAUAGUAGAAAAACUUAUGCCAUAUAAUUUGUUGUCUACAGCUUAAUCUGGUACCAGUUCUAUAAUACAUUAGUUAUACUCUUGUUUAUUUGCGAAGAAUAAAAACUGAUUUACCAAAAAAUUUAAUGAAACACUGUUAACUGCAUAAGUAAUGAAAGGCUAAAAACUAGAGAAUAAGUGCACCUUUUAGGGUUCUCAGUGACAAAAUUUUUGACCCUGCUUAUCUUCAUGUUAAUUGUACCACUAAUAUUCCCAGUGAUCUAUCUAAAUAUUUCAGCUUGAUUGUUUAAAGAACCGUGACAAGCAAGAGCUUUGUGUUAACAGUUUGGGAUGUAAGACAAAUAAUUCUAUGCAAUAGAAUUUUAAAAUACUUGAUAAGUUUAUCCAAACCAAUAAAGUUAAUAGGGUUAGAUUAGA